AUGCGUGGAGAGGGCAGACCAAGUCCAAUUGGUAUACGUCUUCGUUCGGGCACUUUACUAAAAGACUUCAUCCGAGCGGUGAAUACUCCACUUCCUCCUAGUUCUGCACCAAGUGAAUUCUCGGACUCGGAUGAAGAGGAAGACAACACAAUGGGAGGUCGACCACCUGCUCCAAGAACACUCAAGGAGCUCACUUCUCCAAACAUUGACCAAAAUCCUUUAUGUAUUCAGCUGAAUGGAACCAUUGAGUUGAAGUCGCAAUUGAUUCACUUGCUGCCCAAAUUCAGAGGUUUAUCGGGAGAGGAUCCUAAUCGUCACUUACAACAAUUCCAUCGUGUUGUGACUAGUAUGAAGCAAGCAACUGCAGAUGCCGAUAUGGCUAUGAUGACAGUGUUUCCUUUCUCCCUUAUAGAUGGUGCAGGAGAAUGGUUCUUUUGCUUACCCUCUGGAAGUAUAACCACAGGGAAUGGAAUGAAGAAGUUGGUCCUUGAGAAGUAUUUUCCAGCAUCAAAUGCAGCAGUGAUUCGCAAGGAUAUUUGCGGUAUUAGGAAAAUAUCAAAUUUGAUCAAUGCCGCAAGUGGUGGUGCACUCACCAACAAAACCAUUGCUGAAGCUACAAGCUUGUUAGAAAACAUGGCUGCAAACACUCAACAAUUCUACACUCGAGGUGAAUCAGUGGUAAGGAAAUUGAAUGAAGUUGGUGAUUCUCCACACAUGGAACAGAGGAUGGGUAACAUGGAGAGGAUGAUGCAACAAAUAGCAGCUUCCGUCAUACCAUCAUCACACACCGAAGAUGUUGAGCAAGCAAGUGCUAUGUACCAAAAUCAACAAAGGCAUAGGUAUGAUCCGUACUCCAACACAUACAAUCCAGGUUGGCGUGAUCAUCCCAAUUUCAGCUACGCCAACAAGCAAGCUGCAGAAAAUCCUACUUUCAAUCAACAAGGAGGGUACCAAUUCAUGCAAAGACCACAACAAGAAACUCAAGGUACAAGUGUGGAUGACAAGUUUACUCUUAUGAUGCAAAGUAUGCAAGAGAUUUCAAAGACAAUGCAAGGGUUCAAUCAAUUCCAGCAGAACUCCGAGAUGGCUAUGAGAGAUGUGCAAAACCAAGUUAGUCAAUUGGCUAAUAAUAUGAAUCAACUCAAGGCACAAGGAUCUGGAAAACUUCCUUUGCAACCACUAAAUCAUAAGGAGAAUGUCAAUGCUAUUGAGCUACGAAGUGGGAAACAAGUAGAGAAACCGACAUCAUCACCGGUAACCAAUGAAUAUGAUUUGGAGAAAGAAGAGGGUGAACCAUCCCCUAAAAAGGCUGACCCGGUAACAAAUUCUAACUCUAAAACUCGUGUUUCUACUUAUGCUACUCCUCCUCCUUUUCCUAGAAGGUUUGCAAAGUCGAACAAGGAGACAUUGUACCAAGAGAUUUGGGAGAUCUUUAAGAAGAUUGAAGUGAACAUUCCACUCAUUGAGGCGAUAAGGCAGGUUCCUCGCUAUGCAAAUUUCUUGAAGGAAUUAUGCACAAUCACAAAUUGA